AUGUUACUGCCGAACCUCUUUGUCCCGCCCUUCAUGAAGCGACUCACAUUGGGUGUUCCUAGGUCGCUUUCUUAUCAGGAUCCGACCAAUGUCGUCGGAGGGUCUAGCUUUGUUCGUGCCAUGCAGAUAUUCAGCGGCUCAAAUGAAGGAUUCUGUCUUGCCUGGCUGAGCAGCCAUAUUGCUACGAUCAGACGCAUUACAAGUGGAAUGCAGACCGCGGGCUGGUGGGUGGAUGAGCUGCGGAUGCGAGGAAAGAGCAUCACGCUCUUGCAACAACAACUUUCCAAGUAUCCAAAGCUCUCUCGGGAAUCUCUGGUUGCAGUGAGAUUGCAUGUCACAGCUCUUUUCCAGGGAGAAUGUAUGGCGGGUGACAGCAAAGCCGCAAGAACACAUGCAAGGAUUCUGUUCAAACUCGACGGCCAACUCAUGGACGAGUUUCAGUAUGUUCACCACAUCAUGAUCCUGAUGUGGAAUGCGACUGAGUUAGCCUGUAAGAGACUGGAAAGGACUCUAAUUCCAUUUGAUGCCUCUUUGGAGCGGCCUCUGUCGAAGUUCUGGAGCAUGGCUUCAUCUCACUUACCGCAAAUGUCUGUUGAGGACCAGAAUGUUCAUCCCUGUGUUGCGAAUCGGUUGCUUCGGACGGCUUUUAUACGCCUGCGAUAUUGCUUCUCGAUCGGAGACAGCACUAUUCCUUUCACUAAUGCAGCUGAAAGGCUCCGGGGCGAUAUGCUCUUUGGCUGGAUCGCCACAAAGACCUUCUUUGAUAUGGGACUGUUGAUCACUUUGUACGCCGAUCUAAUCGAGGGUAUGGAACUGACUAGAUCAGAGGCGAAGCGACUUACAGAAGCUUGCAUGAUUCUCACUUUUCUCCACGUGUUGCGAAAGGGCAUGCAUGAAGCUCCUAUUAAUGGAGUUGACGUAAGAGAUGCUUCUCACGUUAUGAUGCCUAGACUGGCGAGACAUCUGCAGGAAGCGAUGAGGAUAUUGAAUCCUGCAGAGCGUCUGCGAUACAGCCAUGCUUAUCUGUGGAUGUUCUACGUUGGUACUGUCUGGGAGAAACGCCUCGAGUACGAGAAGACGUUUGAAGUCCUCGGCAACGCCUACCCACAGUAUUGGUUCAGCCAGAUGUUUGCCAAACACGCGUGCGAACUGAACAUUUGGGCUUGGCCAGAUGCCGUGGUAAUCUUGAAGCGGUUCGUUUACAGCGAUCAUCUGUCUCCCUCGGGUCAUGUGUGGUUCGAAGAAGUCAUUUGCGGACAGGGUACGGAGUGGUCAUUGUAG